AUGCGAAAGGUGUGAGUUGGCUGCCGUGUUUUUGCUGACAAUCCGCCCGUGUUUUUCUCCGCGAGUGUUUUGGCUUGUUUGCCUUUGUAAAUUCGGCGCAGUGGAUGAUUAAUCGCGCGUCCGGUGAUUGAAUUAGCGCACGGGCACGAGACCAGAGACGCUCAACCAUGGCGAAGAUGGCAUUUCAGCACCAGGCGGGCACGGCGAUGGAGUGCCUCAGCAUCCCGAUCACGCUGCACAAGGAGCAGGACAUCGACGAGGAGGGACGCGAGAUCCUCAAGUGCGGCUUCAAGAUCGGCGGCGGCAUCGAUCAGGACUACAAGAAGAGCCCGCAAGGCUACACAGACAACGGCAUCUACGUGACGGAGGUGCACGAGGGCAGUCCGGCGGCCAAGGCGGGCCUCCGGAUCCACGACAAGAUCCUGCAGUGCAACGGCUACGACUUCACGAUGGUGACGCACAAGAAGGCCGUGAGCUACAUCCGGAAGAAUCCCGUGCUGAAUCUUCUGGUGGCUCGCAAGGGCGUCACUUCCACGUAAUCUUGUGCCACAAUUCUGCUCUUCUCUCGCAAAACACUUCUUGUACAUCAAAUCUGCCAAAAGCCCGAUCGUUUCUGCAGCGCGAGCAGCACACUUUUUACACACACACACACUCACACUCACUGGCCAAAAAUAGUGGCGCACAGACGAUUUUCGUGCCAUAAAUUGACAUUCGUGUUUUGGAUUUUGGAAAUUCUCUCUUCAAAAUUGACGAAUACUCAAGAAUUUUGGCUGUUUUUUUUUAGUGUGUAAAAUCAAUUUGGAAUCCAUCAGCAAAAUCUCUUCCGGCAACACGAGAGCGCCACUAUUUUUGGGCAGGCAGCGUUACACUCAUCAUUCCAAAUAUUACUACCUAUAUUGCAUUUUAUGUGAUAAGAGAUUUUUUAUGAAAAAUUGUACGAUUAUUAUUGAUUUUACAUACAAUUUUAAAUACAUGUUUUCACAUGCCAUA